AUACAUCACAAGACAGCACUUUCCACUGGCCUCUGUCACCUCCUCACCUCUCCCCUCAUGAAAUGCACAGUCUAAACUACUUUUUAAAAGGCUCCUUUGGGACACAGUCUUCUCAAACUGUGGAUGUCUGCCCUGUAAUGGAGCCGCAGACAUAAGUGUAGCUUGUGCAGCGUAACUUGUGCCUUGUGAUCUUGCUGACAGCCUUUGAGUGACUGGUGCGCUCGAAGGCGGACGGGAGGCGGAGGAGUGUGUCCAAUGGCACGGCUGAGGAGGCGGUGUACGGUGACAGAGAGAGGCGGGCUGCGGCAGCCAGCUGUUGGAAAGCAGCGUCCCUGAACCAUCCAGCACUACUGCACCAGUGUUUGAAACUCGGAGGGAACCAGCGGAGAAGGGGAUCGGCAGCAGGUCUUUUACAGACUGUCAGACAGCAGAAAAAAUGGGAAGAAAGAAAAUACAAAUUUCUCGUAUUCUGGAUCAGAGGAAUAGACAGGUGACUUUCACCAAGCGAAAGUUUGGCCUGAUGAAGAAGGCCUACGAGCUGAGUGUGCUGUGUGACUGUGAGAUCGCCCUCAUCAUCUUCAACAGCACCAACCGUCUGUUCCAGUACGCCAGCACAGACAUGGACAAAGUGCUUCUCAAGUACACAGAGUACAGCGAGCCACACGAGAGUCGUACCAACACGGACAUACUGGAGACUCUGCGUAGGAAGGGCCUCGGCCUUGAAGGCUCAGAGCUCGACAGUGAGGAGAGCAUGCAGGUGGCCACUGAUAAAUAUCCUCUCGGCGAGGGCAUGGAUCUCUCUGUGGCUCGCCCGCGCUUCUAUGGUCCGUCGCUCCUCUCUCCGGAGGCCCAGUUCCUGGUAUCUGCAGGCUGUGAGAACGGCUUCCCCAACUUCUCCGGGUCCAGCGUGGCAUCCCACAGACCUUUGGGCUUUAAAUCUCUGAGCUCCAGACCCGGCUCUGCCAGCCCAGCUACACCACACGCACAUGCUGCAUUCAUGUCUCCACACUCUGGUAUCAGCUACCCUGUGUUCUCCCAUGGCAGCCUGAAUCGAGCUCUGGACAUGAAAAGCCCUCCUCCUCUGAACCUGGGCAGUUCAGAGAAUCAGCGAGGAGAUGCUGCUAAUCAGGGCAUGGGGGUCACACGUGCUAACCACAGCUCUGCUCAGAGGGGUGUCUUGUACCAGGGCUUGCACAGCAGCAGCUCCAUGGUAGCCAUGGGCAAGGCAGGGCUGCCGGGUCACAGUCUGGGAGGCUAUGGCCUCCCGUCUCCUGGAGCCUCUGAGUACAGUCAACCUGGUUUUUAUCAUUCAGUAAGUCUACAUCGAGGAGCAGGGAACCCCUGGCAGCCAGCGCAGUCACCUCAAGAGCCACAUGGGCCCCAUAUAAGCCCAGGGAUGUCCAGUGGAGGGUGCUCCUUCCCCUCCCAGUCUUGCUCCCCUCCACAUCUGCCCUCCCUCAACCUCAGCAUCAAAUCAGAGCGCAGCUCUCCUGAGCACAUGUCCUCACCCACCUCCCCCCCUCUACACCACCUCAGGCAGCACUCUCCAAUGAGCAAGCCCGAUUCGGCUCGCCGUACCCCUCCGGAAGGCCAUCCAGCCAAUGACACGAAGGAGUUUACCAAGGCCAGCUACCCGCAGGAUGAAGAGGAAGGGGGGCAGCAGCUCAGGCAGUUAGAGAUAAGUGAUGGGUGGCAGAGAUAGCUGGCUGCUGCAGUCUAACACCAUCUACCAUUCGGUCAGUUAUCUUCCAUCAAAACCAGUCCUCUCUCUCUCUCUCACACACACACACACACACACACACAAACACACAGAUUAAACACAGAAGAUACCGAAAUGGAGUCAAUUUGUCCCCAUCAUCCCAGAGAGGAACUCCUGUCUUUGUCUCCUCACACAGAGCUGGUCUCUCAUGGGCGAUGGAGUAUUUUCUCUGCAUCACUUGAUUGAACCCAUGAGGAGACAGAUGCUGAGACAUUUGCUUUUUGUUUGGUUAGGUUUAGUUUUCUGUGUUGAGCUAAUGUGAGGCAAAAUACAGUCUGAAAUGUGUUGGUUUUGUUCUGUGACUUAGGUGAAGUUAGUCCAGCAGCCCCUUGGGACCAGCUGAAUUUCUCCUCUCCAAAACUGCAAGACUGCCUUAGCUUGUAGCCCAAACUCUGUGACAUUGUCUCUCACGUAGAAUCAGUUAGAUGUCACCCAUCACUGGAGCCUUGGCCUUUUCUGAAAUACACUAGGACAUUUUAAAGAAGUUCACAUUCUUGCAAAACUGUUUUCAAAUGUUUUGUGCAGUAUGUGUGUCACUGAUUGUUCCUUCAGUGCAUGCUGCUUGUGGAAAAAAAAUCCCUUCAUAAUGAUGAUGAAAUCCACAGUCUGCACAAAUGCAGUUCAAAAUUUAGCUAAAUCAGCAGUCCGAAUUAAUCAAAUCAAGUUGGUAUCUUUAAAAUGUAGUCUUUUUUGUACAAAAUUUUACCUUAAUGUUUGCCCACACAGUGCUUCAUUGCUGAGCUGAGUGUAUUUGUGAAGCACAACCUCAUACAGAAGCAACACAAGGAGGGAGUUUCAUACUAAAAAUACUUUCACUUUGCUAAAUCUCAUGUUGAUUUGUCUGACUCAAGACUGCUGAAGUCACGUAUUAGCUCCAGAUGACCUUUGUACACAGAACAAGGACAUUGGGAUCACAUUCAUUGGACAUGUGAUUAUUGUUUGAAGACAAACUUGAAAAAAUGUGAAUUUAUCCUUUAAAAUUCUGGGCUUCAGUUUGUCUCAGGGACUUGGCUUAUGGUUUCUUCGGGAAAACGGCUUAUUUCUAUGUUUGUUUCUUUUUGUUGUGUUAUUCCUGCAGAUAACGUUAGUUUCAUCUAUUUAAUUUAAUCCAACAGUACCAAAUGUUAUGAUGGCCCUCUGUGUUGCGGUCAAAUACUGCAACAGUCAAAGAUAUCACAUGUUUGUCUGUUUUGGGUCUAAUUUAAUUGAAGUAAUAUAAAAAAAAUGGUCAGUUAUUUUUUUCCUGAUAGAUCAUUUACUAACUGCAUACUGUAGACAUUAUUAAGCUUUCCCUCGUUGCCUUAUGAUAUUAUGACAUAUGAGACACUGUAAUGAGUGAGUCUAAAUAUUCAUAGAAUUCUUCAUAAAAAACCCCCAUAUUACAUUUUUUUAUUGAAGAAUGUUUGGAUUUCAUUGUAUGUGUUAAUGUACCUGUUCUGCACUGUAUUUUUGUGCACUGGACUUUUGUGUGUUUUAGAUUUGCAUAUUCAUCUUUAGUUCUGCCAAUGAAAAAAUACACUUGGGUUUGAAUGAAUUUCCCCUCAUUGUCCACAAGGGGUCGUCUUAUGUCUCAAAAUGUUUAUUUGGGACCAUGUAGAGCAGGGAAGACGGUCCCAGACUAUUGGUGAUUAAUUAUUAUCUAAUGAAUCUGUAUGACAACACACAAGUUCAUUGGUUCACCCUGAAGGCAUUUAACAAAUACAUGGUGACAAGUGAGCUGACUGGUGGAGGUCUUCAAGUUCAAGUGCUGCUGUGGAAAUGGCUGUUUCUUCUUCUUCUUUUUUCUUUUAAAUGCAGUUAUGUGGAUUAAUAUCAGCAUGAAAAAACAAAUUUUCAGUAUUCUGAUGUUUUGGGUUGAGUUUUUAUAAUUUUGCUGAACGCUUCACUAAUAGAACAGAUAUUUUAUGAUUUUAUUUGACAUUUGUUGUGAUUCCUUUUAAAUAAAACCGGUUUGAUUUGUA